CGCCCGCCAGACAGCCAAUCACAGGGCCGCGUCAGCUGCUCUUUACGUGUUUGUUGACAGGCGCGCGCACACACUCUCCCAGACACGCACGCACUCGUCUCACCGGUAGUUGACUGCGUGCGCGCGUCGGAAGCAGCUGGAUGAAAUCAUCGCCUGUGUCGGACUAAACUGCUCUGCGAUCAGGAGGAACGUGUGCUGGGGCUGCUGAGAAUAAACCGGACAGCAAAAUCAGUCGGGGAUAAUCGGUGGUGUCAGGUGCGUGUGGAGACCGGAUGGACGCGGAAUGACAGUCGAUCCGGCGACAGAUGUGAUGUGAUGUGAUGUCAUGUCAUGUCAUGAUGGAGCUUUUGAAUUUAUUAGACUUAAUAUUUCUAGUGAUGUCAUUUCAACACCUUGACAUUAAUGUCAUUCUGAGGAGGGUCACUCAGUAGGUGGUAGAAGGCUCUAUUCUAUUCUAUUCUAUUCUAUUGUAGAUGCACAGCCUAUAUGAUGCUUGCUGGUCGACUUGCAGAGCUGCUUUUCACUCCUCUUCAGUUUAACUUGGAUAACUUGUUGGGAUUGUUUAUUCGUAGCGCGUCAACUUAAAAUCAUAGCCUAGAGCUUUAAAUAAUAAUAAUAAUAAUAAUAAUAAUAAUUUAUGAUCUUGGAGAUCUUGAUCGCGUGAUGUAGGGAGACUCGGUUGUGAGUGAUGAAGGUAUUGGAGGAGCAACAUCUGGACAGCUGUGCGGCGCAGAUGUUGGGCUGAAAGCAGAGCACUCGGUUCCUGCUGAAAGCUGAAGUGAGGGAAGCAGAGGAGCAGCAUGUCCAAAGCGCUGAAGAGGAAGAAGCACUGGUCAGCCAAAGUGCGUGAGUGCGCCGUGUCGUGGGGAGGCGCGGGCGAGUUCGGUUCCGUGGUCGAGCUGCUCGGAGGAGCUGAACAUGGCCUCUUCCCCUUCCUCGGACACAUGGACCUGGACGCGCUCGUGUGUCAUGUUGGCUCGCUGCCGUACUAUGGGGACGUGCUGCUGGAGGUGAACGGCACACCCGUGAGUGGGCUCACCAACCGAGACACACACGCCGUGAUCCGGCACUUCAGAGAACCCAUCCGCAUCAAGACCGUCAAACCAGGCAAAGUGCUCAACACAGACUUGAGGCAUUACCUCAGCUUGCAGUUUCAGAAGGGUUCAUUGGACCACAAAUUACAGCAAAUCAUCCGGGACAACCUUUACCUGCGUACUAUACCAUGCACAACCCGCCUGCCCAGAGAGGGGGAGGUUCCAGGAGUGGACUACAACUUCAUCAGUCUAAGUGACUUCAGGAUCUUGGAGGAGAGUGGUUUACUCCUGGAGAGUGGAACUUAUGAUGGAAACUACUAUGGUACUCCCAAACCCCCUGCAGAGCCCAACUUGGUUCAGCCUGAUCUGGUCGACCAGGUGUUAUUUGAGGAAGAAUUUGGCACAGAAGUCCAACGCAAGCGCACCACCUCCGUCAGUAAGAUGGAUCGUAAUGACAGCGUUGUCCCUGAGGAGGAGGACGAUGAGGAGCGGCCAGCGCUGCCAAACGGCCUUCCAGAAGGAAGUGAGGAGUGGAGGAGGCCAGUGCCCAGCUACACUCAGUCCAACAGCAGCAGCAGUGUCACUCGAGGAGGUGGCAGCAGCAGCAGCGAGCUCGUUCGCACCUGGAGUUCUCUCUCCAGAGACGACAGCCUGGAACCCCUACCAUACAACUGGGAGAUGGCCUACACUGAAACGGGCAUGGUCUACUUCAUUGAUCAUAACACAAAAUCUACCACAUGGUUGGACCCUCGGCUUGUCAAGAAAGCUAAACCGCCUGAAAAGUGUGAAGAUGGAGAGCUUCCAUAUGGCUGGGAGGAGAUUGAGGACGCACAGUAUGGCACAUACUACGUUGAUCACAUAAACCAAAGAACCCAAUUUGAGAAUCCGGUUGUAGAAGCAAAGAAGAAACUUGCACAGGAGGCUGCAGCUGCAGCACAGAGCCAAAAGGGGGCAGCACCUGCUCCAGGUGGUGAUGGAGGAACACCAGGUUUCACUCAUGACCCCACUCAGCUGAAGGGAGAGUUAUAUCACACAGCCUUGAAAAAGAGUGCUCAGGGCUUUGGCUUCACCAUCAUCGGAGGAGACCGACCUGAUGAGUUCUUACAGGUGAAGAAUGUCCUGGCAGAUGGACCGGCUGCACAAGACAACAAGAUGGCCUCUGGUGACGUAAUUGUGGAGAUCAACGGCACAAUGGUCCUGGGUAAGACCCACAAUGACGUGGUGCAGAUGUUCCAGUGCAUCCCCAUCAGCCAGUAUGUGGAUAUGGUCCUGUGCCGUGGCUAUUCCUUGCCCCCAGAUGUGCAAGAGGACAAUGAAGACCUUCCCCCUCCUCCACCUCCUCCUCCCUCAGCUGGUGAAGUGGUAACAGCUGUACCCCUCAUCAAUGGGCAGCCGCUGCUAGUGAAGGGUGAUGCUUUGCAUGCUUCCUCCCAGGAGCUCCACUACCUCACUACUGAUUCCAGUGGGAGGCCUAUUGUGGCGGCGCUACCCAGCAUUCCCUCUGGUGCCGAUGAGAGGCCUGAGGGUGGAAUGCUGCAGCCGGAGCUGGUCACUGUGCCCCUGGUGAAAGGGCCAGGCGGGUUUGGAUUUGCUAUUGCUGAUAGUCCACUGGGCCAGAAGGUGAAGAUGAUCCUGGAUGCACAGUGGUGCCGUGGCUUGCUCAAAGGGGACGUCAUCAAGGAAAUCAACAGGCAGAAUGUGCAGACAUUGAGCCAUGCACAGGUGGUGGACAUACUCAAGGAGCUGCCUGUGGGGAGUGAGGUCAACCUGCUAGUGCUGCGAGGAGGUCAUACUUCACCAGUAAAAAGUCUUCGACCAAGACAGGAAAUAAGUGCCAGCCUGGAGACUUUGGAUCAGUGCCAUGAUGUCGGAGCCCCCCAAGCGCUCACUUAUUAUUCAAGCACAUUGCCCAGUAGCUCUCCAAGACGAGAUCUCACUCUCCGCCAGAGUAAGUCCAAAGGCACUGGACAAGAAUCUGGUCAGAGAGCACUGCCUCAGUAUAAAGAACUGGACGUGUUUAUAAAGAGAGAUCAAGAGACAGGAUUUGGCUUCCGUGUGCUCGGAGGAGAAGGACCUGAACAGCCAGUAUACAUAGGCGCCAUUAUACCCCAGGGAGCAGCGGAGAAAGAUGGCCGUCUGCGGGCAGGGGAUGAGCUAAUGGCCAUCGAUGGCAUCACAGUAAGGGGCAAAUCCCACAAGCAAGUGCUGGAUCUGAUGACCAAUGCAGCUCGUAAUGGACAGGUGCUGCUGACUGUGCGCCGAAAGGUUAUCUACAGGGAUGUGUCUGAUGAUGAUGGGGCACGAAACCUGGCUCCGGUGCUAAUGAAUGGUUCUCCAAAAACCCCACGUAUUCAAGUCCCAAGUGUCUUGGACCAUGAAAUGAUGGAUAUUACACUCCACCGCAAAGAUAACGAAGGCUUCGGUUUUGUCAUUCUCACUUCCAAAAACAAACCCCCACCUGGAGUGAUCCCUCAUAAAAUCGGUCGCAUCAUCGAGGGCAGUCCAGCUGAUAGAUGUGGUCUGUUAAGUGUGGGUGACCGUAUCUCUGCUGUUAACGGCCGGUCCAUCAUCGAGCUCUCUCACAGCGACAUUGUGCAGCUUAUUAAAGAUGCCGGUAAUGCUGUCACACUCUCUGUAGUUCCAGAGGAUGAAUACAAAGGCCCGCCUUCAGCAGCCAGCUCAGCCAAACAGAGCCCAGCACUGCAGCACAGGAUGCUGAAAUCCAGCACCCAGGAGGAGAGGUAUAAUGUAGAUCCGGAGGAGAUCAGGGAUGAGUUGGUCUGGGCUGAAUAUAAAAUGGUUACUGAUAAUGAAAAAGAAACACUAUGUGUUACAAGCUCCAAACAGGGUUGUAUUCUUGUGGAGUUGGAGCGUGGCCCACGUGGUUUCGGCUUCAGCCUGAGAGGAGGGACGGAGUACAAUAUGGGCCUUUACAUCCUGCGAUUGGCUGAAGAUGGCCCUGCGCUUCAGGACGGCAGGAUUCAGGUUGGAGAUCAGAUCGUAGAAAUCAAUGGUGAGCCCACGCAGGGUAUCAGUCAUACCAGAGCUAUUGAACUCAUCCAGGCUGGAGGAAAUAAAGUACUGCUGCUCCUGAGACCUGGGCAAGGGCUUGUGACUGACACCAGCCCUGAGACACCAGAUUCAGUAGUCUCUUCACCUCUCAUCUCUCAAGAUGACGUUUUCCAAGAAGUUUCAGCCUUUUCCUUCUGCUCACCUCUUGUUCAACCUGCCUUAACAUCAUCACCCUUAAAGAAUAGAGAGGAUAGAGACAUGAGGAGCACCUCUGCCCUCUCUCCAAACCUUGCCAAGUCUAGGUCCAGUCGUUCUCCUCGUCCAAAAGGCAACAGCAAAAAGAUGAGCACCAAACCUCAAAACUCUGCUUCUCCCUCAACCUUGGAACAAGACAAGAGAAGCAAGUCUAGAGAGUGCAAGAUUGACUUUGGAAGUACAGAAAGGAAAUUUAAUAGUCCAUCUAAAACCAAAGAUGAUUCUCACAACACCCAUGGAUCCAAAGAGAAUCUACCGCACUGCUCACAGGAAUCCAUGAAGUGCAAGAAGUCCAGCAAACACCAACCGAACUGCACAAAAAGUCACAAACAGUCAGAUCAGUCAAGACAGGAAGUGCUGGCCAAUGGAGAAGAAAAGUGCUCAAAGAGGUCAUUUCAAAGGGAGAAAAAGAACGAUAGUAGUGAGAGGGUAGAAAGGGAUUGCUCAAGAGGAAGGCAGAGAACCAUGAAGCGAGAAGGCAGGAACAGAAAGAAUGCUGAAACAAAUGGACUAGAAGACGUGGUGGGGGAUGGGACAGUGCCAGAAGAAGAGAUGAAACUAAAAAGCACAUUGAGAAUGAAAAAGCAACCACAGGACAUGGAGAAAGACCAAGACCUCAGCAAAUCUAGAGUAAACAAAAGCCAGAGUCAUCAUAAACAUGAAAAAGAGGACAGAUUACAGCAAAGAAAGAGUAAAAAACAACAGAGUGGAUCAAAGAGAAAAACACAGCGUGAAGAAAGGGAUAUAGAGGUAUAUGAAAAAAGGGAUGAGAAUGAAUGUGAGGAAGAGCUGACUAUUGCAGAUGCCUCAGAUCAAAACGAUCACUGGACGGUACCCAGUUUUGCACGCAUUCUAACUCAUGAUGAGGUCAUGCAAGAUUUGUAUGGGUAACUGAAGCAUGCACCUCACAUUGGAGGAAGAACCGUGGCAUCUUUGCUUUAAUCAGAAGACUGUUCUGCCAUUUUCACUCCUAAACCAUAUUUACAGAGCUGCCAUACUCUGUUCCUCUUUUCCCACAGACUCUCAGCUGGAACAGUAUACAGCAAGUUUCAUUAAGUUUCCACUAAGUCCAUUAUUUCUACUUUUUAACGCACAAGAUGGGUAAAAGCAGUAAACAUUGAGUUGCUGCUAUUCUGCUCUUAUCCCCUCCAUACUGGGAACAAUAUUUACUGAGGAGAGGCUUAGAGCAGAACAUCUGUUCCUUACAAAACAUCUGCUGUGACUUUGUAGUCAAGUCAGCAGGACCUCAGUUCUACUCUACUGUUUCCACAUUGACUGCUUUGAAAAUUGUGGCUUUCCAGCUGUCCAUCACAAUACAGUUCAUUCAUAUGCAAUGAAAGGGCCCAUCCAUCCCUGCCGAUCGCCAAAAUAACUAACAUGACUUUUAUACUUUGAGUUUGAUUAUAUAUCCUUGAGUCCUAUUGUCCCUCCUGCAAAUAUUUAUUCUAUUACUGCAUGCAACAACUGACCUUUCUCCCUCAACCUGCUUUUGUUGCAUGCUUUUGAAAUCUGACUUUCAACCACACUCUUAACAAAGAACUUAACAUCGAGGUUUGAGGCUGGAUUCUCUACAGCAACUAGCUUUAAGGACUUUUUGUAGACAUUGACACUGACAUGCCUAAAUUAUUGAUCUUCAAAUCCUGUUAUUAUUGCAAAAGACCAGAAACUUGUGCUUAUUUGCUCUUUCUAUGAAACCUCUAUUAGUUGUGUAUAAACAUAGAGACAUGUAGCCAUAUCCACUCACUGAACGUGAUGUGUAUAGUUACGUAAAGUAAGCACUGCGGUAGCUUUUACUUGGUAGCAACUAUUUUGACCCAUCACAAAACUAUUGGUACAUGCAGAAGUGUCUUCAAAUGUCUUGUGAUACUGGGUGUCUCAUUUUGUUGACUUUUUCCAGAUAUUUGUCUUCAAACCAAAUGGAAAUGCAAGCGGUUGAGCCUGAACCCUGUGUAAAUGAUAAAUGGUAUAAGAAUAUAUCAAAAUACCAGUUUAUGUUACAUUUAAAAUUUCUCAAAAUAGGAAUAUUGCAGUCCACUGAUUUAUCAUUUUCAUAAAUCUGUAUUCACUUUCAUUCAUAAGAAAAAUGCCGUGUAGCAUCAUUAAGGGCUGAUUUAUGAUAGAGGACUGAUGGACGCAUAAGAGGACACGCUUCAUCAAAACCAAAGGAUUGGUGAACAUUCAGUGUGUGUGCUGCUGCGUGUAUGCCGUGAUUCACCUCAGGUUGUGAACUGAUACAGAAUGGCUAAUGGUCCUGUGUGAUAGCUUUGAUAUAUUGAAGCCAUUCAGUAGCACCAUGAGCUUUUCAGGCUGCUCUGAUCCGGAACAAAUGAUGAAUCAUUCGACACAAUCUGAAAGCACACAGUUCCUUUAUUCCUUUUAUCAGUGACAAAUGAUCAAGAGUUGUGGUGCGAUAGAAACAGGGUUGCCCCCAUUUCAUGUCAGGAACAUCCAGCUGAAUUCCAGUUUGAUUGAAAAUGUACACUAAAGAAAAAGUCUCUAAAGUUUUCAGCACCAUGCCAUUAACUGUGUACAACCAAGGUCUGUUAAUGAUGUCAUGGAUUGAAAUGAUGUCCUCUUACAUCAUUUCAUCAACAGGUGAUGAAAUCUGAAUGGUCUAUGUGCUUCGGGAUGUAAAUGUUUAAAUAUUGUACAGCGCCUUUAUAAAUGUCAUGUGUGCAUUCUCAAAGGAAAUAAUAGAGGUCUGUAAAUUGACGUCAUUAUUUUUGUAUUUAAAUAUUUAAAAAAUAUAUUUAAGGUGGAUAAAAACAAAAUAACAGACCCCUGU